AAGUUAGUCGUUCGCUGACCGCGGCCGUAUAAACAUUGUGUGUGAGCCAUGAAUUGAACUCGAGAGACAUUCGUGCUUUUUCGCAUUCUUUUUUUUUUUCUUCGUUUUCUUUCAGUUUUAAAAACCGUGUUUGCUUUUCGCUUCAAGAAGAGCACACACGCGUAACAGAUUUUUUCUGAUAAUAAAUUUAUUGAGAUCAAUACUUUUAAUCCUCGUGUAAAAGAGAAACUUUAUUUUAUAAUACAUCGUUUCAAACAUUUUUGUUUUUUAAUAAAUAUCAUACAUACGUUAUUUUUUAAUACUGAUUAAAGUGCAUUUAGAAGCUUACGAAUUUCGAUCUUAGUCACCAGUGUACUAUAAAAAUCGUGGUGUUAGUCGAAUAGUGAAAAUAAAAAUUAAAGUGUUGUACAGUGUGCGGUGAGAAGGACGGUGCGAUGGCAGUGGCUUCGGGGCCACGCCGGCCACGCACGCUCUUCUUCGGUAAAUGCGCUCCCAGAAAUACUUUUAGGAAGAAAAAUCUGUCGUUUUUUGAUGGAUUUCCAUUGAUUUUAGUUCUAGCCGGUGUCGUGCAGAUUGCUGCCCUUAGAUUGGCUGAUGGCAGUGGUUGUGGUGUCAAUAGCUUUAGAUGUCUUGAUGGUACUUGUAUACCGGCAACUUUAGUUUGCAAUUAUCAAAAAGAUUGCGAAAGUGCGGAAGAUGAAUUUCAAUCUUGUACACCACCAGAUUGUGAAGCUGGUCAAAUUACUUGUGGCCAGUAUAUUUUUAAUAAAACUUAUUGUAUACCUCCACAUCAGCGAUGUGACAUGACUGUUGAUUGUGUUGAUGGAACUGACGAAGCUGGUUGUAAUUACAGGAAAUGUCAACCGGAUGAUUUUCGAUGUGGAGGUUCAACACCAGAACUUUGUAUCCCAAAAGAGAAGAAAUGCGAUGGUUAUUUAGAUUGUCGAAAUAGUCGUGAUGAGGAGAAAUGUGAGAAUAAUUCGAAACCAGCUUGUAGGUUAGACCAAUUCAGGUGUAAUUCCACACAACGUUGUAUCGAACAAUCAGCCAGGUGUAAUUACAAAGAUGACUGCGGAGACAAUAGUGACGAGGAAAAUUGCAAUUUUCAACAAUGUACGAUGGACCAAUUUCGUUGUGCGAAUUCUCUUUGCAUACCACGAUCUUAUGUCUGUGACGGUUAUAAGGAUUGUCAUGACGGAUCUGAUGAGAAGUCCUGCACUACAACUUCUUGUCCUCAAAACAAAUUCGUAUGUCCUAGAGGAACGACUGACGGCAAACCACUUUGCAUAGAUCGAUCUCAAAUUUGUGAUGGAAAAACUGAUUGUGAAGAUAAGGCAGAUGAAGAAGCUACUUGUUCAUCGGUAAUAUGUACUUCACUAGCAUGUCGAUAUAAAUGUCGGGCAUCUCCCACAGGAGGAGUCUGUUAUUGUCCUGCAGGUUGGAUUCUUGCAAACGAUUCGACAACUUGUAUAGAUCGUGAUGAAUGCUCAGAAUGGGGUUUCUGUGAACAAUUAUGCAAGAAUACAGAAGGUUCUUACACUUGCAGUUGUGCUCCAGGUUUUAUAUUACAAGGGCUCAACAAGUGUCGAGCCCAACAACAUCCUGGUGUAAAAUUAGAACUGUUAGUUGCUCAAGAGAAAGCUGUAUGGAGGAUGUCUUCUAAUGGAGAAGAUAGAACUAUUGUUGCCAAUACUACUAGCGCUAGUGGAGUAGAUUAUCUCUAUUCUAGAGAUUUACUUUUCUGGAGUGAUGUUAAAACGAAGAAAGUACAUUCAGAACCUUUAAAUGGUGAAGGUUCUAGUUCUAGAGUGGCUAUAUAUUUAACAAGUUCAUGGGGACCAGUUUCUAUUGCAGUAGAUUGGAUAGGAGAAAAAUUAUAUGUAGUAGAUUCAGUAGUUCAAAAAAUCGACGUGCUUGAAUUAGAUGGAAGGUAUCAUGGUAUUGCAUUGAGUUCCAAUCUGACAAAUCCAACAGACAUUGGUUUAGAUCCUACAGUGGGUUUGAUGUUUAUAGCUGAUAGUAAACGAGUUUUAAGAGCUAACAUGGAUGGAACUGUAGAUUUCCCAAUCGUUUUCGAAGCAGCAUAUAAAGUAUCUGGCAUUGCUGUAGACGUGAUUGCUCGAAGAAUUUUUUGGUGUGACUCCCAACUGGACUAUAUUGAAACUGCUGAUUAUUUAGGAAGAAAUAGAGUAAUGGUACUUAGGGGAACACAUACACCGUCUCCAACAAGAUUGACACUUUUUGAGAACAGGAUCUAUUGGACAGAUGGCACAAAGCAAGCCAUUAUGAGUGUAGACAAAACCGAGGGUGAUUAUUCUAUACGAACGAUUUAUAAAAUGAGAGAUGCUAAAGCUAUCAAAAUCUUACAUCCUUUGACUCAGCCAAUGGUUUCUAAUCCUUGUGGGAAUAAUAAUGGUGGCUGUCAACAUAUGUGUAUAGUAACUGCAGCUAGUGAUCAAGAAAAUAGAUUAGGUUAUCGAUGCGCUUGUGACAUAGGAUGGAGAUUAUCCAGUGACCAAAGAAACUGUAAUUUGGUGCAAGAAUUCUUAAUGUAUUCACAACAAAGAUUUAUUAAAGGUCGAGUAUUAGAUCCUGUAAUGGAAGGAUUUAGCGAUGCUAUCUCACCCGUAGUUUCCAGAAGAGCCAGAUUUGUUGGUCUAGAUUACGAUGCAUAUGAUCAAUAUAUUUAUUAUAGUGAUGUUCUGCAAGAUGUAAUUUAUAGAGUUCGCCAAAGUGGCGCUGGUCGAGAAGUUGUAUUAGCUAGUCAGAAUGAAGGUGUAGAAGGACUUGCAGUAGAUUGGGUUGCCAAGAAUCUAUACUAUAUCGAUUCCAGAAAAGGUACAUUGAAUGUUUUGAGUACUAGAAAUGUCACAUAUCGCAGAACAUUGCUAAAAAAUUUGAAACGACCAAGAGCAAUUGUAAUUCAUCCUAAUCAGGGAUAUAUCUUUUUUUCUGAAUGGGAUAGACCUGCAAAUAUUAGUAGAGCUUAUACUGAUGGUUCUAACUUGAUAGUCUUUAAAAAUUUAAGUCUUGGCUGGCCAAAUGGUUUAGCCAUUGAUUUUGCAAAAGAUAGAUUAUACUGGUGUGAUGCUCUCUUGGAUCAUGUACAACAUUCUAAUCUGAAUGGUACUGAUGUAAGAUCAGUUAAAUCUAAACUAAUUAGACAUCCUUUUUCCAUGGCUAUCUAUGAACAAUGGAUGUAUAUUACUGAUUGGCGAUUAGAUGCUAUUAUUCGACUCCAUAAAGAAACUGGAGAACAAGAAUCUAUUCUCGUUCGCCAACCUGAAACGAACAGACUUUAUGGUGUGAAAGUCUAUAGUCGUUCAAUUCAAACUUUUUUACAUGAUCAUCCAUGUUUUAACGAUAAUGGGGGUUGCGAGAAACUAUGUUUUGCUAUUCCGCAAAAUAAUACUAAUAAAUAUGGUAUUACUAGAUUGACUAAAGUUUGUGGUUGUCCUUAUGGCGAACGUAUUCAAGAGAAUGGUAGAACAUGUGCACCUGAUCCAGAAGCUGAACCACCACUUGAAGCUUGUCCUAAUACUUGGGACUUUACAUGUGCCAAUCAGAGAUGCAUAUCACAUGCCUGGGUUUGUGAUGGUGAAAAUGACUGUUUGGAUAACAGUGAUGAACGGAAUUGUACCAAACCAACUUGUGCUCCUAAUCAAUUUCAGUGCAAGUCUGGUAGAUGUGUUCCUAUGAGCUUCCUUUGUGAUUCUGAAAAUGAUUGUGGAGAUUACAGCGAUGAAGCUUCCUGUCCAAAUGUAACUUGUACCGCCAACCAAUUUGCUUGUGCUAAUAACAGAUGUAUACCUAAUACAUGGAAAUGCGAUUCCGAAAAUGAUUGCGGUGAUAGUUCCGAUGAAGGAGAUUUUUGCGUAGCAAAAACUUGUUCCUAUUUUCAAUUCACUUGUCCAAGAUCAGGUCAUUGCAUUCCACGAUCUUGGGUUUGUGAUGGCGAUAACGAUUGUUUUGACCAACAAGAUGAGAUGGAUUGUCCACCAGUUACUUGUCUUAGCACUCAAUUUACUUGUGCUGACCAGAAGAUGUGUGUUCUUGAUUCGUACAAAUGUGAUGGAAUAUCUGAUUGUAAUGAUGGCAGUGAUGAAGUUGGCUGUCCAUCCUUAGCACCUGAUCAAUGUAACACUGACAAACAAUUUCAAUGCGUUAGUUCAGCGAUUUGCAUUCCAAGAAGUUGGUAUUGUGAUGGAACUCCAGAUUGUCCAGACAGAUCUGAUGAACCAGCUUCUUGUGGGCAAGUUGGCUGUCAACCAGGUUUUUUCAAAUGUCGUAAUGAGAAAUGUGUAUUUAAAGCAUAUAUCUGUGAUGGAAAAGAUGAUUGUGGUGAUGGAUCUGAUGAAGAUACUGAAUUACAUGCAUGUACUGCACCUGAAUUCAAAUGCGAUUCACAACAAUGGAAAUGUCCAAAUGUAACUAAUAUAUGUGUGAAUAUAACUAGUGUUUGCGAUAACAAAUUUGACUGCCCUAAUGGUGCAGAUGAAGGUCCAGCAUGCAAUUUUCAGGAAUGCGAGUACAGAGGAGGUUACUGUAGUAAUGAUUGCAUUGAAACACCUUUAGGUAAACAAUGCACAUGUCCUUCAGGAGAAGAGCUCAACAAAGAUGGAUAUACUUGUGAAGAUUUGAACGAAUGUGAACCUCCAGGACGUUGUUCUCAAAUUUGCGUUAACAUUAAACGUGGAUAUUAUUGUAACUGUGUUGAAGGAUAUACUCUAGAGAAGGAUAAGCAUACUUGUAAGGCAUUUAAUCACAGUGUUGCCUUUUUAAUUAUAUCUAACAGACACACAAUUCUAGUUGCUGAUCUUCAGGAUCAAGCAUUAGAAAGGGUACCAAUUAAUGUAGAGAAUGUUGUUGCAACUGCUAGUAAUAUGCAUACAGGUACCAUUUUUUGGUCAGAUAUGAAACUGAAAAAAAUAUCAAGAUUGGAUAGAGGUAGUGAUCCUGAAGAUGUGAUUUCAACUGGAUUAGAUUUAGUGGAAGGUCUUGCUUAUGACUGGAUAGGUCACAAUUUAUAUUGGUUGGAUUCCAAACUGAAUACUAUUGAAGUAGCCAAAGAAACUGGUUCUAAUAGAAUGAUAUUGGUUAAAGAAAAUAUUACUCAACCUAGAGGAAUGUGUUUGGAUCCUAGUCCUGGAGCAAGAUGGCUCUUUUGGACAGAUUGGGGUGAAAAUCCUAGAAUUGAAAGAAUUGGUAUGGAUGGUACCAAUAGAUCAACAAUUAUUAACACUAAAAUUUAUUGGCCAAACGGCCUUGCUUUAGAUAUUGCGAAUAAGCGAAUAUAUUUCGCUGAUAGUAAAUUAGAUUUUAUUGAUACUUGCCUUUAUGAUGGUAGUAAAAGAAUUCAAGUAUUAGCUAGUUCCCAUUAUUUGUUGCAUCCUCAUUCUUUGACAUUAUUUGAGGAUACUAUGUAUUGGACAGACAGACAAUUGAAUAGAGUACUCUCAGCUCAUAAAUUCUAUGGUGUAAACCAAACUGUGGUAUCUCACUUGAUAUCUCAACCUUUAUCAAUACAUGUUCAUCAUCCUGUUCUACAACCAAUCACUGCAAAUCCUUGUGCAAAUAGUACUUGUGAUCAUUUGUGCCUGUUAUCUCCUACAAAACCUCAAGGUUACACUUGUAAAUGUCAAGUUGGAUUCAGAUUAUUCAAUGGACAAUGCUUGGAAGAGGAGAUACCUUAUUUGAUGGUCUUACGAGGCUCUCAAAUUGUGGAUGUUUCUUUACUACCAAAAAGUAUUAAAACUGGUUAUAUAACUCCAGUUGUUGGAGUGGAGAGUGGUAAAUUUAUAGACUAUGAUAGAAAAGAAAGAAUGAUCUAUUGGUUGCAAACUAAGGAUGAUGAUGAUGAGAAUGGUACUAUUUAUACAACUCCUUAUAAUGGUGGUAAUAGAACAGAAUUUCCUAAUGCUUCUGGUGAAAGUGGUAUUGUUGGAGCUCCAUCUGCAAUGGCAUUUGAUUGGUUAGGAAGGAAUUUAUUUAUAGGAAACAAAUAUGCUUCUAAUAUAGAAGCUAUAAAGAUAGAUGGAAAAACUAAAUAUCGAACAAUAGUACUUGCUAAUGAUGGCAAUAAAACUUCUGUAGCCAAACCAAAGGCUAUGUGUGUUGAUCCCCUUGAAGGACAUAUAUUCUGGGUAGAUGAUGGCAGUUUUGGCAUUCCUAUGAAAAUUGGAAGAGUUAAUAUGGACGGUACUAAUCCCAUUAUUUUAGUUGAUAAUGUGGAAAGACCAGAAGCUAUUACAAUUGAUAUUCCAACUAAGACUAUUUACUUCAGUUCAUUAUAUCCAGCUCUGAUUAUGGCACUAUCAACUGAUGGACGAAAUCUAAGAACUAUAGUAUCACAAAACAUUGCAUUGCCAAAAGCACUUGCUGUUCAUGACUCUAGAUUAUACCUUCUUGAUCCAUUGUAUGAUAAAAUAGAAAGAGUAGAUUUGCCUGAUGGAGGUAAUCCUACUACAAUAAUUGAUAAUGAUUCUGAGCUUAAGACAUUGACUAUUUAUAAGAAACGAGUUACUGGAGAUCAUCCAUGUUUUAUAAAUAAUGGUGGUUGUGAACAGAUCUGUCUUCCAGCUUCUGGAGGUACUAGAGUAUGUGCUUGUGGUAUGGAAUAUCGUAAAGUCAAUGACACUUUUUGUGAACCUUUUAAGACUUUUGCAGUAGUUACUCAACUGGAUGUUGCUAGAGGAUAUAGUUUAAAAGAUGCAAAAGAAGCAAUGGUACCAAUCUCUGGUAUGGGCCAUCAUAUUCUUCAUGUAGACGUUUAUACUGCAGGCAACUGGAUUUAUUGGGUAGAAUUCAAUCGUGGAAUGUGGAAUGGAAUAUUUCGUGUAAGACCAAAUGGUACUGAAUUACAGCAUGUUGUAAAACAAGGUAUAGGUUCAAAUGGUAUUAGAGGUUUAGCUAUUGAUUGGAUUGCUGAAAAUAUGUAUUUUACCAAUGUGUUCCCUCAUGAUAACUACGUAGAAGUAUGUAAAUUAGAUGGCAGUAAUAGAAAAGUAUUAGUGAAGAAAACUACAGAUUCCCCUAGAGAAUUAGCUGUAAAUCCCAUUAAAAAAUAUCUUUAUUGGAUAGAUUAUGGACAAUAUCCAAGAUUAGGUAAAGCCUAUCUGGAUGGAAGUAACUGGAUGCCUAUAGUUACAUCCGGUAUUAGCACUCCACGUGAUAUAACCAUUGAUCCUAUUACACACGAUGUGUACUGGGUAGACUCUAAACAAGACACCAUUCAAAAGGUUUCAUAUACUGGUGGAAAUCGUCAAAUCAUUAGACGGAAUCUACCUAACCCUAUGGGUGUUGCUAUUUAUGGUAAUGAUGUCUAUUGGGUUGACAGAAACUUAGGAACAGUGUUCAAAGCUAGCAAGCAGAGUGAUAUUAAUUUACCAACAACAGUGAGAUCGAAUUUACCUAAAUUAAGGGAUAUUGUUAUGUUUGAUCAGAACAGUCAACCUUCAGAUCCAACAAAUCCUUGUUCAUCAAGUGGAAAUGCAGGCUGUAAACAACUCUGUUUUGCUAUGCCUAAAGAAAAUUCAAUUCCUUUCAAAUGCGAAUGCGCUGUUGGUAAAUUAGCAAUAGAUGGAAAGAACUGCGAAAAUGUCAAUGAAUAUUUGGUAUUCGCUACGAGGACAGAGAUUAGAGCUAUUGGUUUAGAUCCACAAAAUACGACUAUACCAUUUAACCCAAUUGGAAAUCUAACUAAUGUAGUGGGCGUGGAUUUCGAUUAUCAAGAUAAAAAGUUAUUGUUUACUCAAAUUAGGCCUUGGGCUAAAAUAGCUUGGAUGCAGGCAGAAAAUCCUUCUUCUUCUGAGAUUCAUACACUAAUUAGCAAAGGAAUUAAUCCUGAAGGCAUCUCUUAUGAUUGGACACAAAAGAAAGUUUAUUGGACAGAUUCAUCAAAUAAUAGUAUUUAUGCAAUGGAUUUAAAUGGGUCAAAUCUAGUGAUGAUUGCCAGAGUAGAUAGACCUAGGGCUAUAGUAGUUGAUCCUUGUAAUGGAUCACUAUAUUUUACUGAUUGGGGUCGUUUUGGAACAUCAGGAAAGAUUUUUAAAACUACAAUGGCCGGUUCUUUGAAGAAAGCUGUUAUUGAUAAAGAUCUUUCUCAGCCUAGUGGUUUGGCAAUUGAUUAUGAAGAUCGUAUGCUAUAUUGGACUGAUGCAGUUAGAGAAAAGAUAGAACGUUCAGAAUUAGAUGGAAGUAAUCGCCAAAUCUUAGUUAGUGCAACAAUAUAUCCUUUUGCCAUAACAGUUUUCAGAGAGCAUAUUUAUUGGACAGAUCUACAAUUAAGAGGAGUCUAUCGCGCUGAGAAGCAUACAGGAGCAAAUAAAAUAGAAUUAGUAAAACGAUUGGAAGAUUCACCUAGAGACUUACAUAUUUAUUCAGCAGCUAGACAACAAUGCAGGAUAAAUCCUUGCAAUAUUUCAAAUGGUGGUUGUGAUCAAUCUUGUCAUCCAGGUAUAAAUGGCUCAGCAGAAUGUAAGUGUGAUGAUAAUAGCAGAUUAGUAAAUGAGGACAGAAUGUGUGUUCCCAAAAAUGUAACCUGUGACUCUAGUAAAUUUGCGUGUAGAAAUGGUCGUUGUAUUUCAAGGAUGUGGGCAUGCGAUGGUGAUGAUGAUUGUGGCGAUGGUUCUGAUGAAGAUACUAAUUAUUGUUCUUAUCAUUCAUGCAGUCCUAAUGAAUUCAGAUGUAAUAAUGGCAGAUGCAUAUUUAAAACUUGGAAAUGUGAUCAUGAGAAUGAUUGCCGUGAUGGCAGUGAUGAAGAAGGCUGUGUAUAUCCUCCUUGUGCUGCUGGAGAAUUUACUUGCGCCAACUAUCGCUGUAUUCCUCAAUCACAGGUUUGCAAUGGUAUUAAUGAUUGUAAAGAUAAUAUAACAUCAGAUGAAACCCAUGAACGCUGUCCAAGAAAUACUACAUGUCCGCCUAACCAUCUGAAAUGUGAAAAAACUAAUAUAUGUGUAGAGCCAUAUUGGCUUUGUGAUGGAGAUAAUGAUUGUGGAGAUAAUAGUGACGAAAAUCCAUUACAUUGUGCUCAAAGAACUUGUCCUCAGAGCUCUUUUAGAUGUCCUAAUCAUAGAUGCAUUCCAGCUACUUGGUAUUGUGAUGGAGAUGAUGAUUGUCUGGAUGGCAGUGAUGAACCACCUGGUUAUUGUCAAUCAGAAGGUAGAACUUGUUUUGGAGAUUUAUUUACUUGUGAUAAUGGAAACUGCAUACCUAGAAUUUACAUCUGUGAUGGAGAUAAUGAUUGUUUGGAUUAUUCUGAUGAAGAUGAACGUCACCAAUGCAAUGAUAGAAAGUGUGAUGAGGAAACUGAAUUUACUUGUACUGCAAAUAAAGUAUGGCAUAGAGCACAAUGUAUUCCCAAAAAAUGGUUGUGUGAUGGGGAUCCAGAUUGUGUAGAUGGAGCUGAUGAAAAUGUAACAUUGCAUCACUGUCCUACUCCAACACCUUGUGCUGAAAAUCAGUUCACUUGUGACAAUGGACGUUGUUUAAAUCAGAAUUGGUUGUGUGAUCAUGAUAAUGAUUGUGGCGAUGGUAGUGAUGAAGGAAAAUUCUGUAAUACUAGAUAUAAACCUUGUACUAAUCAAGAAUUUACUUGUCAUAACUUUAAAUGUAUAAGGAAGCAGUUUCAUUGUGAUGGUCAGGAUGAUUGUGGUGAUCAUUCUGAUGAAGAUGGAUGUCCACCAAAGAUAAAAAACAUGACCUGUUCAAAUCCAAAAGAAUUCAUGUGCGCAAAUGGAAAUUGUAUUGAUCAACAAUUAGUUUGUAAUAAGGAACCUGAUUGUGCGGAUGAGAGUGAUGAACCUGCUCAUUGUAAUGUAGACGAAUGUGCAAUGGUAGAAAUGAAUCAGUGUGCUCAUAAAUGUAUUGAUACACCAACAAGUUAUUAUUGUGAAUGUAAUCCAGGUUAUAGACUUUUAGCAGAUGGUAAAGCCUGUGAAGACAUAGACGAAUGUGUAGAAACACCACAGGUAUGUAGUCAACAAUGUCAAAAUACACCAGGAAGUUUUUAUUGUAAGUGUAAUCAUUACUGGUAUGAACGUGCUGCUGAUGAGCAUACUUGUAAGAGAAGAGACAAUAUUACACCAUGGAUUAUUUUUACAAAUAAAUACUAUGUCAGAAAUAUGUCUAUUGAUGCUCUCAACUAUAGUCUGAUGCACCAGGAUCUCAUAAAUGUUGUUGCUUUGGAUGCUGAUUAUGCUGAUCAAAUGCUCUACUUUUGUGAUGUUACUGCUAAGACAAUUUUCAGAGCACCUAUUGCAGGAGGAGAAAAAGAGGCAAUUAUUAGACAUGAUAGUCUUGGUUUGGAAGGAAUAGCAAUCGAUUGGAUAGGACGGAAACUUUAUUGGCUUGAUCGUCAUGCUAAACAUUUAGAUGUUGCUGAACUUAAUGGUACCAACAGGAAGACUUUAUUGACUGGUAUAGCUGAUCCACGUGCCAUUGUUGUUCAUCCUGGUACGGGAUAUUUGUACUUCACUUCAUGGCAUCUUCAGGCUUACAUAGGAAAAAUGGGAAUGGAUGGCAGUAAUUUCACAAGGAUUCUUACUUGGGAAGAUGAUAUAGCUUGGCCUAAUGCUUUGACUAUUGAUUAUUUCACUGAUAGAAUUUUUUGGGCAGAUGCUCAUUUAGAUUAUAUUGCUUUUGCCGACUUGGAAGGUCAUAAUAGGCGCAAAGUUCUUUCUGGAACUGCUGUACCUCAUGUUUUUGCUAUUACUAUAUUUGACGACUUCAUUUUCUGGACUGAUUGGAACUUGAAGGCCAUUAGUAGAGCAGAGAAGUUCUCUGGAUAUAAUUUACGUGUUCUUAGAAAUACAACUCAUAGACCAUAUGACAUUCAUGCAUAUCAUCCUUUGAGACAAUUACCUUACAACAAUCCUUGCAAUGAAAAUAAUGGUGGAUGCUCUCAUUUAUGUCUAAUUUCACCACCUGCAAGUUCUUAUUUAUUAGAAGGCUAUGGUCAACCUGGUGUAACAUCAUAUAAAUGCAAAUGUCCUAAUCAGUUUGUGUUGGAUAAAGAUGGAAAGACCUGUACAGCUAAUUGUACUGCUGGUCAACAUAAAUGUGGCCCUCCAGAUGAAAAAUGUAUUCCAUGGUAUUGGAAAUGUGAUGGUGAAAAGGAUUGUAAGGAUGGUUCAGACGAACCUAUUAGUUGUCCAGCACGUGUUUGUCGACCUAGUGUUUUCCAAUGUGCAAAUGGUAACUGUAGACCUAGUGUAGCUGUCUGUGAUGGUGCAGAUGAUUGUGGGGAUAAGAGUGAUGAGGCUCAUUGUAGUUUAGAAUGUGGCGAAUUAGAAUUUAAAUGUAAAUCUAAUGGACGUUGUAUUCAUGAGUCUUGGAAAUGUGAUGGAGAUGCUGAUUGUAAGGACGGCAGUGAUGAAGAUCCUGCUAUUUGUCAUAAUCGACCAUGUGAUCCAAACACAGAAUUCACUUGCAAAAAUAACAGAUGUAUUCAGAAAGUAUGGAUGUGUGAUUCUGACAAUGAUUGUGGUGAUGAUAGCGAUGAACCAGCGUAUAUGUGUCGUCAAAGGAAUUGUACUACCGGUUGGCAACGUUGUCCAGGUCACGCCAAUUAUCGUUGCAUACCGAAAUGGCUCUUCUGUGAUGGCAAAGAUGAUUGUCGAGAUGGUUCUGAUGAGCUUGCUGAGAAUUGUCCUAAAUGUGAUCCUGAAAUGGAUUUUAAAUGCACUAAUAAUAGAUGUGUACCCAAACAAUGGCUCUGUGACUUCGCUGAUGAUUGUGGAGAUGGUAGUGAUGAAGCUGAAACAAUGUGUAAAAACCGUUAUAGAGAAUGUUCAGAGUCUGAAUUCCGAUGUGACAAUGGCAAAUGUAUUGCCUCCAGAUGGAGGUGUGAUUCUGAAGAUGAUUGCGGCGAUAAUAGUGAUGAGAAUGGUUGUCAAGAAUUCGUGUGUAAGAAUGAUACAUUCCAGUGUGCAAGUGGUCAUUGCAUAGCUUCAUAUUUAAGAUGUGAUGGAACACGAGAUUGCAGAGAUAUGAGCGAUGAAAUUGGAUGUCCACCAAGAUAUCCAGGAGGAAGAUAUUGCCCACAAUCAAGAUUCCAAUGUGAUAACAACCUUUGUGUUUAUCUCUCAGAUAUAUGCGACGGAAGUGAUGAUUGUGGUGAUGGUUCUGACGAAAAUACCAAUAUGUGUGCAAAUUUCAAGUGUGAUACAACUAGGAGGUUCCAAUGCGCCAAUCACAAAUGUAUUGCUAAAUAUCAAUUAUGUGAUGGUAUUGAUAAUUGUGGCGAUGGUUCUGAUGAAAAUAAUAUGACUAUGUGUGCAUCCAGAGUUCGUCCAUGUGACGCUAUAACCGAAUAUACAUGUGCUAAUAAGAAGUGUAUUGACCGAACAAAGCUUUGUGAUUUUGCUGAUGAUUGUGGAGAUUCGUCUGAUGAACUUGGUUGUCAUCAUAAUAAACCCUGUUUGGAUAGCAAUAAAGGUGGUUGCUCUCACUAUUGUCACAAUAUUACCGAAGGUGGAUAUAUUUGUGCUUGCUAUCCGGGUUACAUAAUCUCACAAAACAAUCGAAAACAUUGCGAAGACAUUGAUGAAUGUGUUUCUGGUCAACAUCAAUGCUCUCAACUUUGUACUAAUUUAAAUGGCACUUAUUCUUGCUCUUGCAGACAAGGCUUUGAAUUAUCUGACAAUCGUAGUGGUGUAUGCAGAGCUGUAGACACUAAUAUGAUGAUUCUAUUUGCUAAUGGUCCAGGAAUUAGAGCUUAUGAUCCUUAUGAUAAACAAGAAAUUGAGGUUAUUGCGAAUGAAAAAAGAGUACAGGCUUUAGAUUUUGAUCCUAGAUCAGAAUAUGUAUUUUGGAUUGAUGGUUAUGAUAAUUCUAUUAAGAGAUCAUAUAUGGUAAAUGCUAAGGAUGGACAAGUGAAAAUUGGAUAUGCUCAGGAUCUUAAUAUAAAAAGUGAAUCAGGUCUCACGAGUUUGGCAAUGGAUUGGAUUUCUGGUAAUCUUUAUUGGACAGAAUUUGAUUCUUCAGGAACGACAUUAUUUGGAAGAGUAAUGGUCUCGAAAGCAGAUGGUAGAUAUCGUCGAAGUUUGAUAACAGUUGGCUUAGAAAUUCCAACUUCUAUUGUGGUCGAUCCAGAAUUGGGUAAAGCUAUUUGGGCAGAUGCUGGUAGUCAGCCCAAAAUCGAAAUCGCCUGGAUGGAUGGCGACAGACGAAAACAAUUAGUCUCUGAUCGAAUUGGACAACCUAUAGCACUCACCAUUGAUUAUUCCAUGCAGCAUGUCCUUUAUUGGGCUGAUAGUAAACUUAACACCAUUGAAUCUAUUGAACAAGAUGGAUCAAAUAGAAAAGUAAUCCUUAAAGGUGAUAGUUUGAAACAUCCAAUUUCUUUGGAUGUUUUUGAAAAUAGUUUGUAUUGGAUAACAAAGAGAACUGGUGAAUUAAUCAGACAAGAUAAAUUUGGUAGAGGUGUGCCGGAGAUUAUUGUCAAGCACGUACCUAACUCAGGAGGAGUUAAGGUGUAUCAUCAACAAAGAUACAAUAUUUCCUUAAGGAAUCUUUGUCAUGAAGAUCAAUGCACACAUCUGUGUGUUCCUAUCCCUGGUGGUAAUCGGUGUCUUUGCUCAGAUAGUAUUGGUCCUCUUCAACAAAGAGAGACUAUACGAUCAAAUGAACGUCAUUGUGAUGCAACUAAUGAAAGACCUCUUCCUGCACCGAGAAUUUGUCCUUGUAGAAAUGGUGGAUUAUGUCAAGAAGUGGAAGAUAAAUUGCAAUGUGAUUGUCCAGCUCCAUUCCAUGGAGAAUUCUGUGAGAUUAUGUUAGGAGCUAGGUCCACUAAUGCUACUGCUGCCAUUGUGAUACCUAUUGUUGUUUCUAUUUUGGUUCUAUUUGGAGCUGCAGCUAUUAUUAUGGUACUGAAGAAGCGACCUUUUGGAAAGCCUGGAGGUCUUGGUAGUUUAACUGGUGCUCAAAGUGUAUCUUUCAGGCAAGGAAGUAAUGUUGAAUUUGGCAUACCUGCUCACGAAAGAAUGGAACCUCUGGAUGUGGAGUACAAUCUUGGUGAUGUUAGUAACAAAAAUAGAGAUUUCAGUAAUCCCAUGUAUGAUGCAGUGAACACAGAAACAGGUGCAACAAAUGGUACUGGUGCAAGUAGCAGAUAUGAACUACCAGCUGAAAUGAAACCAUCUAGUAUUCAGCAUAAAGAGCCACCACAGUUACAUCUAAAAAGAAGAGAGCUUGAUCCAACACCCAUUGAUUCGGGAAAGGACACGCAACAGUUGGUCGAGGAAGACAAGUCCGAGUGUUAGAUAGUUUAACUUUUGUGCAGUGAUGUAGUUAGAAUUUUCUGAUGAUUUUGAAAAGAACAACAGACUCAUUUAAAUAAUAUAUUGAUUUAAAGAUCUAAUGAAUGAUAAUGUGAUGUAUCGAUCUAUUUAGAAAUUUAUUACAAUUGUUAUUUGUUAUAUAUCUGGAAACAUGUUAUCGAUUCAUUUAGAAUAUAAUAAUUAUCAAUAUUUUAUAAAUUGAAA